AUGGAUGAGUAUUUAGCCAGAAUAGAAGUGCGAAAAGUUGCAGACGGGCCAGACACACUUUCAUUCCGAGUCAAUCAAAUAGAGGCAUCUGUGCUAAAUGCAUUGCGGCGAACCAUUAUCUCAGACACACCUUCCAUUGCGGUGCAUUGGGUAUACAUACGAGAAAACGAAACUGUCAUGGCUGAUGAAAUCCUCUCCCAUAGACUAGGACUGAUUCCAAUCCUAGCAGAUUCUUCAACCCUAAAGAAUAUUGUAAGAUCGGAAGUUCUUGACCCUCUGGCUGAGCUAACAGACGAAAACUCAAUUAGAAUGGAGCUGAAUGUGGAAAACACCACAGACAAAGUGCUAACAGUUCGCUCCAAUGACAUAAAAAUAGUCUCAAACACAAAAGCAACACUAAAGCAAAACGUAAUCAUAACUAGGCUAGCCCCUGGAAAGCGCAUAGAGUGCAAGAUGCUUGCAGUUGUUGGAACCGGAAGAGAGCAUGCCAAAUGGAUGCCAACAUCUGUUUGCUAUUACCGAUCGAUCAAAAAGCUUGAGAUGAAAGAUACCUCGAAAGCGGUGGAAAUACAAAAGUACUUUAGAGAUGGAUUUACCAUUGAAAAUGGAAAGCCUGUGAUAGAUGAGGAUAGGCUGCUAGUAAACAUGGACAUAGAGAAGAACUAUCCAAAUGAGAUAAAAGUGCGGGCAGAGCCAGACUCGUUUUUCUUUGAGAUAGAAGCAAUAGCAAACAGCCCAAAGAGUAUACUUAAAAAAGGCCUAGGCAUACUAAAGAACAAGCUAAAAGAGUUCCAAAUGGCAGCCAAUGCUAGAUAG